AUGCCGUUGACUCUAUAUGGCAUCGCUCGUAGUGGCCGGCUGGGGCUGAUUCGUGAGUAUUUCGACGUCAUUCCAAGUUCUCCUACGGUAAUCGCCGCGGCGGCAGCUGAAGGCCAUCUGCACGUGGUUCAAUGGAUUUAUAGACAGUUGAUCGGCGGUGAGCGAUGGUGGGGGGCAGUGGAUGCACUCAGGGCGGCCGCUCGCAAUGGACGGUUGGGGGUUCUGGAGUGGCUAAGAUUCGAAUACAAACCGAGUCUUGAGGUCAUCAAUAUGAUUGCAUAUGAGGCUGGUAGAAGUAGAAAAUUGCCGGUUGUGCAGUGGAUGCUAGAUGCGUUCUCUGGUGUGGGGGGAGAGGUAACCCUUGGCGCUGCUCUCGUGGCCGGACAGGAUGAAGUGGAGGAGUAUUUGACGAGUAUUUGGGACGAGGAUACUCGCUUGAAUGCGUUCGGCACGGCAUUGGAGAUAAAAUCUACGAAUAACGACGCUGCUCGGGUGAAAGAGCUAGUACAGCAAUGCAGACAGUCUAAUGUUCGGCAGGCGCUAGUUGAUCAAGAUGUGUCGCUGAGCCUAGCGGACAUUGCGGACUUGGAUAACGUGUUAGAGAGAACGGUUAUCGUCGAUCGGCUGGACGUAGCAGCCCUUUACAUCGAGGCACACAGGAUGCACUCGUCGGACGGUCUUGGGGUGGCACUUGGCGCGGCUGUUGCUCUCAAUCUACUCGAUUUCGUUCAGCUUCUUUACACCAAGUGCGAGGUGGACGACGUUCGGUCCGCGCUGGAUGAAGCUGUCGAGAAUGGCUACUGGGACAUCGUUAAACUUGUGUACGAGCGGUGCAGCCCUCGUCGCAUCAGUUGGGCGUUGCAGCAGGCGGCUUCAUGCUGCCGAUGGGAUGUGGUGCACGUUCUGUAUGCGAGCUGCGAAGAAGGUAGCUUCAACAUCGGAAGGGCAUCGCAACACGCUGUAGCAAGUGGCGAACCAGAAAUGGCGAAACUUCUGCGCCAGAAGUGCAAGCAGUAUGACGUUGAGUUGGCGCUAUAUAGUGCAGUGGAAAACGAUCGUUGGGAAAUGGUGAAGGUCUUGUACGGCGCAUGCAGAACUUACUGUGUCAACGCCGCUAUGAGGAAGGUAGCGAGUCAAUCGCGGUGGGAUCUGGUCGAGUUGAUGUAUGCCAACGCCGGGUAG